AUGAGUAAGAAGACUUCGACUUCUAAAGGCAAAGCGACAGACAUCCCUCAAGAAAGAUCCGAUUCCACCCUGACUUCUCUUAGUCAACUCGUACCGGGGGAAUUGUCCGAGGAACAAAUCAUACACAACCUCAAAGACCUCGACACCAAAUUCAAGACCAUCCAAGCGGGUAACCACGAAACUCGUAACGAAAUUGGUCGUAUCGACCAUAAAGUCAUCAAACUCGACUUGAAAAUCGAUGGCGUAAUCAAGGCAGUAAACAACCUGGCCGAUGCGAUCUCGCAUUCUCGAGAAGACCCGCCACAUCUCAUGAAACGAGAAGACACUCCUCGUGUUGUUGAACCCCAACCAUACACCUUCAACCAGAAACAAUUCAUGAAGGAUCCCAUGGCCCUUCAUCGGUCCUUCCACAACCCUGUCGAAUACUUGAAGUUCGGUGGAAAGAAUUACUCCGCCUGGGAACAACAAAUCAACGCCACUCUCGAAUUUGUUUAUCGACGGGAGGAUUUCCUCUCCAAAUCGACUAACUGGCUUACUGUACAUGACGACCAGGAGCCUUCAUUGAUUAUCUUAUUACGAUCCACUCUUGAGAAGAACCUAUUGGCCACAGUUGCAUCGACUCUUUCUGCGUGA